AUGGGUCGCAACAAGAAGAAGAUUCUCCGGGAUUUCAUCGACAACAUCCCAGACCACAAGCUCGAGAAUUUCUCCGAUGGACCGGGCACCAUUCACAAGGACAUCGACCUUCGACUCGACAUGCAAGGCAUCACCAAUAAUGACGAGUGGAAUCUCCAGAUUCAAGUCAACUAUGGUUGCAAGACCACAUCCUUGAAGCCGUAUGCCCCGGACACAGUGGCCGGACCGGUUCUGGUGUCCAGAACGGCUCCGCUCACGCCGGAGGAGAUCAGACAGAUUUUCAAGGAUACUUCCAUUUUCUGA